CUUUGCACUGCAUAUGAAAUUUUUUUUUUCUCUUUCACUCCAAUCCAUUCCAUUUACCCAAUCCGCGAUCCAUCCAUCAUCCCCUACCUCUCGCUCUCUCUCUCCUCUCCUCUCCUCUUAUUAUCAUCGCAUCCAUCCCGCACUUCUCUCUCUUUGGUGGUGGUGCUCGCUCUCGCUCACCCUGCUUUGACCUUUGGAUUUUUAUUUUUAAGGAUCCAAGAAAGUGCUGUUUCUUGGGUUGCUUGGAGGUGGAGGAGUUUGGGAGAUUGUUUGUGUUUGAUUGAUUGGUUGAUUGAUUGGAGGAAGAUGACGGUGGAGGAGAGGCAGGGGAGGGUGGGAGGCCAUGGUGUGAGCGGCGGCGGCGGCGGGAGAGACCAGUUCCCGGUCGGCAUGCGGGUGCUCGCCGUCGACGACGACCCCACCUGCCUCAAGAUCCUCGAGAACCUCCUGCUUCGAUGCCAGUAUCACGUGACAACAACUGGUCAGGCGGCCACGGCCCUGAAGCUGCUCAGGGAGAACAAGGACCAGUUUGACCUGGUGAUCAGCGACGUCCACAUGCCGGACAUGGAUGGCUUCAAACUCCUUGAGCUUGUCGGCCUCGAGAUGGACCUCCCAGUCAUUAUGUUGUCUGCGAACGGGGAAACACAAACUGUCAUGAAGGGUAUAACCCAUGGUGCAUGUGACUAUCUUCUGAAGCCAGUGCGUCUUGAGCAGCUAAGGACGAUAUGGCAACAUGUGAUUAGGCGUAAGAAUUGUGAUGCUAAGAACCGUGGUAACGAUGAUGACGCUGGUCAGAAGGCACAGGGAAUGAACAAUGAAGGUGAGAGUAUUGGUGCUAACCGCAACAAGAGGCAGUCACGGAAAAGUAGAGAUGAGAAUGGAGAUGAUGGUGAUGAUUCUGAUGAGAACAGUAAUGAGAAUGGAGACUCAUCAACACAGAAGAAGCCAAGGGUCGUGUGGUCUGUUGAGCUGCACCGAAAGUUUGUGGCUGCUGUUAACCAGCUUGGCAUCGAGAAGGCUGUUCCAAAGAAAAUAUUGGAUCUCAUGAAUGUAGAGAACAUCACCAGGGAGAAUGUUGCUAGUCAUUUGCAGAAGUAUCGGCUGUACCUUAAACGGUUGAGCACUGAUGCAAGCAGGCAGGCUAACCUUGCAGCUGCAUUUGGAGGAAGGAACCCUGCUUACAUAAACAUGAAUUCAUUUGGAAACUACAACGCAUAUGGUAGAUACCGUACAGUCCCAACUGCUGGCCAUACCCAGGCAAACAACAUUCUUACUAGGAUGAACUCCCCUUCUGCGUUUGGUGUUCAUGGUUUGCUGCAUUCACAGCCAAUUCAGUUAGGACAUGCCCAAAAUAAUCUGAGCACUUCACUGAAUGAUUUAGGAGGGCUUAAUAAUGGUAACAUGAUCAGAGGUGCACAGAUGUCAACAAUUCUAACUGGUCCUUCUGGUAACUCCUUUCCAAACAUAUCGAAUGGUGCACCGCUGGCAACUGCAAACAGAUCACUGCAACCUCUUGAGUCGAGCAAUCAGCAACACCUUAGUCGGGUGCAUUCAUCUUCUGCAGAUCCAUUUAGCACACUUGUUGGUGAGUCUCCCCAGUUUCCUGAUCUUGGAAGAACCACCAAUACUUGGCAAACUGCGGUUCCAUCCAACAUUCAGGAUCGUGGUCACAAUGAUAACAUGUCGCAAGCCACCCUGCAUAUGAAUGGCCCCAAAAUUGAACCUGUCUCAAGCUUCACAUCAUCCAAUCAGAUUCCGCUGCUGGGAAAUGAGAUGCAGGGCCAAGUAGCAUCACUAGCUAGCAAUGUUCCAAUAGCAUUCAAUCAGGACACAUCACCAUUCAACUAUGGAAGCAGCACAAACUCAAGAGACAUGCUAAAUAACAGCCAUGUAUUUAGUAACUCCAGCAUCAACACAUCGUUGCCCAACCUUAGCUUAGACAAUCCGGCUGUACCAAGGCAGACACUGGAUCGUGGGAAUACGGGCAUUGUUUCUCCCAUGCAAGAUGGAAGGAUUCAUCACCAAGCUGUUAGCAAUCAGCUAAACUAUAAUGACGAUCUUAUGCGGACAACUGGGCUGCAAAGGGGUCUCAGUGGUGGUCUAGAUGACAUUGUUGUUGACAUGUUUAGGCCGGACCGCGAAGACGACGGCGUUCCUUACAUCGAUGGGGACUGGGAGCUGGUCUAGCCAGCCUCCAUUUCAAUCAUUAGUCCGCGUACGAGGUUUUUCUGCAUUCGCGGUGUCGGCUGCUGAUUGGUCCAUGCUCACUUGUCAGCACAAAGUGGUGUUCAUAGUGGCUAGCCUUCAUCACAAGUGCAUUUCACAUUUGGCUUCUUUUUUCAGCUUAGUGAUUAUUAGUUGGCCAGUCAGUCUGUGAAAUUUAUGUGGAGAAACGGCUAUGUGGUGUGUUUUUAUCAUGACUUAUACUAUAAUAACUAUGUUAGUUCAGGUAUAACCGGUUAUCCUGAUAAUAUAGUAUGCUUGGUAAAAUUCUCGUUAAUCAUCGAAA